CCGUCAACGAAGCUGGCGUGGUCUAUGAGAGUCGGCUAUUUCCGUGCUCCGAAUGCGCUGGACACUUAAAACUCGGCUCUUGUUGCAUUACCAGAACUUUACAGACUUGAAGAACGCUAUAGGAGGCAGGCUGUUAAAUUCAUAGCCUUUUACGCUUCAUCCCCAGCAGCUUGAGUAAAUUUCAUCUGAGAGAAAUUACACUCUACGGCACUGCUGCUUGCACAGGUUCUAGAUGUAGAGCUAUGGCAUGAAUCGUCUUGGACGGAAGAUGCCAUGUGAGAGUCUUUGAGAAAUUACCCGAGGACAGCAGGACUGAUUGUGGUGAGCCGUGUGAGAGGCCAUCCAGACCACGUCCAUGGCGAUGAAUGGAGCGGUGGCCACUGAGCCGCCCGCCCAGGAUGAGAACACGGGGCAGCACAGCUGUGCCAAGGCAGAGCGUCUCUCUGACAGCGCAAAGAAGAUGAGCCUCCCAACCAGUGCCCAGCUGCCCCCGCUGACUGAGAGGAAGAACGUCCUGCAGCUAAGACUGCAGCAGAGGAGGACACGGGAGCAGCUAGCGGACCAGGGCAUCAUGCCUCCUCUGAAGAGCCCGGCUGCAUUCCAUGAACAGAGGAAAAGUCUUGAGAGAUCCAAGACUGGGGAUUACUUAAAACAUAAAAUCAGAAGUAGACCGGAGAAGUCAGAUUUGGUCAACAUGCAUAUUUUACAAGACUCAGCCGAGGAAGGCUCCAUACAGGCCACUCAGAUGAAACUAAAGCGAGCCAGGCUUGCCGACGAUCUUAAUGAGAGAAUUGCGCUAAGACCAGGCCCUUUGGAGCUGGUAGAAAAGAAUAUCAUUCCGGUUGAUUCAGCUGUCAAAGAAGCUGCAAUGAAAGUGCAGCACUGCAUGUGCUCUGUCUGUGUAGUGCACCAUGGCAAGUUCCCCAAGAAAGAGGACUCAUAUGCGUUUGAGGAGGACAGCAGCAGUGACAGCCUGUCUCCUGAGCAGCCCCACAGCAAUGAGUCUCAGGGGUCCGUGUGCUCCUCAUCAGAGACCAAGAGCAGUGACUCCUCUUCCCCAGCAUUACCCAGUAGCAGACAGGGAUUUCAAAACAGGGAGAUAAAUGGCCAUAUUUCUUCCCCUAAUAAUCAAACGAGCCAAGAAGAAAGCCAACCUAUGAUGAACAACAAUGAACUGACCCCACCUGUACCUGUUCCCGCAGUUGUAAAGUCAAAAUCAUCUGACAAAAACCGUCACAAAAAGCUGAAGGACACUAAGCCCAAGGUAAAGAAGCUCAAGUACCACCAGUACAUUCCGCCAGACCAGAAAGCGGAGAAGUCGCCUCCCCCGAUGGACUCGGCCUACGCCCGUCUCCUGCAGCAGCAGCAGCUGUUUCUGCAGCUGCAGAUCCUCAGCCAGCAGAAACAUCACCACCACUCCCAGCAGCGCCAGCAGAACUUCAGCUUCCAGCCACUGCACUCACUACCACACAAGCAGUGCAAUGAACAACUUGCAAGGAAUGUGAAUGCUUCCACAAGCACCGUGACCAGUAGUUCCUCAUCUCCUGUGAAGACAACUUUUUCUGGACAAACCAGCAUUUCACCAAUGAAGCCAGGACCUUUACCCUCUAAUCUGGAUGAUCUUAAAGUGUCUGAGCUGAGACAGCAGCUGAGGAUACGAGGCCUUCCUGUAUCUGGCACUAAAACAGCACUCAUAGAGAGGCUGCGGCCCUUCAAGAACCCCAACGCGAGUCCACCACCCAGCUCCAAUGACAUCACAACCGUUACCUUUCCAGUGACCCCCACUGGUUCUCUGUCGUCGUACCAGUCUUCAGGUUCAACGGGUACCAGUGGCUUCUACCCCUUCUGCAGCACCAGUACAACGCCACCCAUUUCACCGGCCUCAUCUGACCUCUCGGUCAGCGGGUCGCUGCCAGACAGCUUCAGCGACGUCACCAUGUCCUCCCCCCAGUUCGGCCUGCAGCCCUCCCCGUCCCACCUGAGCGCAGACGAGGGGCUGGCAGCCAGUCUGAACGGGAGCUGUCUGCAGGGGGAGGCCGAGGGCCUGGAUGCGGAGAAGGACAAGAUGCUGGUGGAGAAGCAGAAGGUGAUCGAGGAGCUGACCUGGAAGCUACACCAGGAGCAGCGGCAGGUGGAGGAGCUGAAGAUGCAGCUGCACAAGAGGAAGCACAGCCACAGCCAGCAGGAUCUGCAGGCCUCUCCCCAGCAGCAGCACCACCUGCAGGCUUCACCCAAGCACCAGCACCAUCUGCAGCCUCCGCCCCAGCAGCAGCAUUUCUUCGGCGUGUCCAUCAAGCAGGAGCACGUGGCCUCCAGCUGCCCCCUGUCCUCGAAGCAGCUGAAGAGCUCUCCCAGCAGCUGUAUGGAGAGCCUGGGCCACGGCGGGCCACCCUCCCUGCCCGGCCUGGCAGGCCCUCGCUGCCUGGACCCCUCGGCCGGGGGCAGCCCCUCCACGCUGUCUGCCUUCCUCAGCCCUCAGUGUUCCCCUCAACACUCCCCUAUCGCUAAGGCAGCUGGGAGCCCACAACACAACAGCCUGCCCUCUUCCCCCCACAACCCCUACCUGCUGUCCAUCUCUUCAGGCACGCUCGGUGCGGAGAGCCAGAGCCACUCUCCACAACAGACCGGUGGCAGGCCACAGGCAGCACAGACCCAGCAGAAGAACAUUGGCCAGCCUGUGAACUGCUCCUACUCACCCGAACAAAGGAGUUUACAGCCACUGUUCCCCAUUUCUGCCAACAGUGGCUUUAACCACAGGGAUCACUCAAAAGCAAAGAACUCAAAUAUGCAACAGAAGAUGGCAAUAUUACACUCUCCCCGGCACGUGGGUCAAAAGUUUCCCAUCUCCUCUGCUACCUGCUGUAGCUCAGAUUCUGCAUCAAAGAUAAAACGGCCCCCCUGCUAUGAAGAUGCAGUAAAGCAGCAGUUGACCAGAAGCCAACAGAUGGAUGAACUUCUUGAUGUGCUUAUUGAAAGUGGAGAAAUGCCAGCUAACGCCAAAGAAGACAGGCCCUGUGUAACCAAAGUUGUGCCUCACAUUACAGUUUCGUCAGGAAGCUCCAGCAUCCCAGUCCCCAGAUUCCACAGGCACUAUGAGCACUUGUCCCCAUCCCAGCUCUCCUACGAACAUGGAACCGGCAAUGGGGAUGGCCACCUGGAGGCCUUGUUGAACAGUCCCAUGGGCAGAGUGGGCGAGAUCGUGAUCCACAAGAUGGCCUCUGAGGAAGGGCAUGUGGAGGACACAGGGGAAGGCUUUGCAGCUGCCCGCCAAGAGAAACUGCUCAACAACCGUGAAAUGAUGGACACGCCGGUGUCCCCAAUGGAUGCCAGGGUGUCUUCAGUCAAUGAGGGCCAGGGGCUCAGUAUGACUUUCACAGAGUCACCAUGGGAAACCAUGGAGUGGUUGGAUCUCACCCCCCCGAGUUCUGCAACAGGGUUCAGCUCCAUCCCCCCAGCUGGGCCCAGCAUCUUCAACACGGAAUUCCUGGACGUUUCAGAUAUCAACUUGAAUUCGGCCAUGGACCUUCACUUAGAGCAGUGGUGAACGGGAAGCACUAAGCACCAAAACAGAGCAGCCACUCACAGACAUAGUUAAGAGUCACAAAUGUAUUUUUACUGUACAUCCUGAUAUUUUUAUAAAAAUGUACUGGCAUAGAACAACAGCAGGGGCUUUUAGAAUAUCUUUGCCUUUCUGGACAUGAUGCACACAAUUAAAGUGGGCAGUCAGAAGUUACAUAAACAGUUACAUAGUUACAAGUUACAUAUGUAUUUUAAAAGAUUCUCAGCAAAAAAUCUAGCAAAAAUUAAAUUACGCCUACGUUGGACAACUAUGCUCAGUUGCAACAAACAGCGUUCACUAUGCAAUUAGUUUUGGUCAAAAAAAACUUGAAAAGCCACAUUUCAGUAUUAUGACUGCAUGCUGAGGAAAGAAUGCAUUUAGUUUACUGGAAACAAAAACUUUAAACUGAAAAGAAGAUGUCUUUAUUUUGGUUUUCGUAUUGGCAAGAGAAAUACAAAUUUUCAAUGGUAUGAAGAUUUUUGUAAAUAGAUUAUUAUUGACAUUUGUAAAAAAUAAAAUAAAAUAAAAAACAAGCCAAAAAAAAAAAAACAACAAACCUAUUAGACAAGUAAAAGUAUGCAUUUUAGUUAGCAAGGUGACUCAGAGCACUUCAGCUGAAUUCUCACAGUAUACAAAUGGUACUUUUGUACUUUGUAAAUAUGAGAAUGUUCACAUUGCACAUUGAGUAGUGUAGUAAAAGGUUGUCACUUUGUAUUUUCAUAGUGUUUAUUUGAUGGAAUAGCAUUUUGAUUGCCCUUCCAUGCAAGUAUUUUAUCACUUUUUUAUUCUUUUUGCUUGAAGCUUGAAUAUAUUUAUUUGCUACACUGCAGUUGGACUAAAGUGUAUAGAAAACACAUAUAUUUUAUCAACACUGAGCUUUUUGUAUUGUCACUGUUCUAGAACAAAACAGGCAAUAUCCUCACUAUGUAAAAAAAAUGACUGUGGAGAAUCCAGAAUAAGAAAUGUGGGCCACCAGUUUCAGUUGUCAACACAUUCAAAAAUAUUUAAGGAUGGGUUUUUUAAAUUAUUAUUUUCACUGAAAAGUCAUUAGUUUGAAUGAAAUUUGCCAUGUGUAACAAAAAUGUGUUGAAGCAGACCAAAAGAUAAUGGAGAUCACAGAUUGACACAAUAAUGCAGGGAGAUGGAGUCCUUUGUCAAACACUGUGUAAUGAUCGGAUGACUUUAUGUUCCUACCAUUACAUAUGAUUCAUUGGUCUUAACCUGUAUGUCAAUUUAAAGAAAUUUUGAAAUGCUUUUAAUUGUGCCUGGAACUACUCGAAUUGUGACUGCCAUUACAUCCUGGGAUCAAAUUUUGUCUACAGUUUUGAUGUGAUUUUUAUAUUUGAUACUGACUAGUUCUCCAUCUUCUUUUAGCCAAGUAUCUUAUAAGAAAAUACUUCUCAUAUGUAUUUAUUAUUUUCUAUAUUAGUAUUUAUAUGACAUUCCUAUAUGAAAAAUUGGAUUAUUGGUGAUCUUCAAAACCUGAAACCUGCCAUUUUAACCUCCCCACAUUUAUUCUUAAAGGUUCACUUGAAAAUCAUACUUUUAUAGACAUACCAAAUCAAUUAUUUAUAGAGUAUAUUUUUCUAAAAAUCAGGUUUCUUGGUCAAAAGCUAUGCCAGCCUUACCAGCACUUGUAAGAAACUCCUCUGUAUGGUCUUGUUUUUGCAGGUUUAAAUCAAUGGUAUGCACACUCCCUGAAUUAACUGGUACUAUGUGACAACUAAAUGGUUUCAUUCACCACCAGGUAACAUUUUGAAAUCAUUUCAUAAGCUGGGAUGAUUUCCAUUGUUAAUGGGGGGAGAAUGGGAUUUUGUAGUUAUAAGCAGUAUAAUACUGUUAAUCCACUUGUUUGCUAAAAUGGUUUCAAAGACUAUAUUUAGAUAGGAUAGAUUGUGUGAUCACUUUAUCCAGGCAAACAAAACGUAAAAUAAAAUGGUAGUCGCACAGUAGUUUGGUCCAAAUGCAUAUCCCUUAAAUUUCUGAUCACAGCUACAAAACAUCACAAAUAAACAAUGAAAACCUAGGAUGAACUUAUCAAUGAAUUUAUUUUUAUUCAACAAGAUUCACUCUUUUCAAUCCAUAGGACCUUUGCAAAUGCAAAUAUAUGCAUCUUAAACUCCAAAAAUACAUAGUGCCCUAAAAGCAAAACUAUUAACGUUAUAUUGGUAUCAAUUUCUUACUGUACCAUGUGUACAUGCAUGUAAUUGUUUGUCAGUCAGACCAAUAGCUCUGAAUUAUUUUCUUUAACACUGUAAUGGUGUAAACUGAUUAGGAGCUCAAGACAUUUUUUUCAUCUGAAUUCCAUUAAAGUGUUUUAAAAGAACUGACCUUUCGUUAAGGAAAAAAAUCUAACCAUAAACCCCUUUUCCCAUUCAUUUUGAUUAAAGAAAUUGUAAGUGGAACAUUUGUAAUUGGAAGCUGUUUUGGCUGGUUCUUAUAAUUGAAGUGCAACAUUACACAGACCCAGAACAUACUAUAUCACACUGCAUUAUGUGUGAAACAAAUCACUAACACCAAUCACAAGCCUCUAAACCUCUUAGACACACAGCAUAUGAAUUGAAACCAUGAACUCCGUUGAAUCUCUUAUAAGAUGAAAAUCUACUUUGUUAUAAUGCCCAAAAUACUUCUGGUAUAGCUUCAUUUUACUAUGUUGGAACCCUCUGUAGAAUAGAUAUAUUUAUCAUAAGCUAAUGCGUUAUCCAAUACUCGUUUCAUUGACACAAGGGUAAGGGACAUUUUCUCAUUUUCAAAAAGUGCCUUUGACCUUCCAAAUGCAAGGUUUACAAACACAACCAUCUCUGAUAUCUAUAAUGCUUUAAAAAAACCUUUAAUCUACAUUCUUAAAAAAAGAACAAUGUGUUACAUAUAAAUGAGUCUAUCUAUUAAAAAUUUUAAAAUAAGAAAUCAGUUAAAAGUGAAUACGAAAUUUCAAUCAAGUGCCAAGACUGAAACAUUUUAAAAAUCUAAAUUGUAUGAAGCAGUGUGGUUAUAUGCAGUGUAUGGAAUGUUCAGACGUUUUGUAUGUACAGCGUCUUUGUACAAGGCUUGACUGAAGUCGUAUGGUUUGCAGGCCUCCUCUGCAAAAGAGACCACAGGUCUCAGUAGGGCAACCUGCUUAAAGGUUUUAAAAAUGAAGUAUCAUAGGCUUUGGUAAACUUGUUUCAGGAGAAAAUGUAACUAAGGGAAGGAGAGUGUCAUGCAGUUUUUGGGUGAUAUUUGGAUAUGGUUCUGUUCUGAUAUUGUACAUUGCUGUAUAGAUUUAAAGUGCAGUCUUACAUUCAGAACAAAUCUAUUAAAAAUGACACACCCUUUUGGGUUUCCUUUUUCACAUAUAUGUCACACUACAUGUCUUUCUGUGGAAAAAAUGUGUCUUUUGUAAACCCCAGAGAAUUGAGGAUGCCUCAGGGUAAAUGUCAUAUUUGAUUAUUCAGAUAUUGACUUUUUGCAAUGGGAGCAAAUGCUUAUCUUAUAUGUUGUGAAGCUAAAUCUAUAAUGUGGUUAUGAGUAACAUGUUUUUUGAUUUUGAACAGGCCUGUGAAUAUUUUUGCAAAAUGCCACUAUCACUCCAAGUUAGGCUUUCUUUGCCAGUUCUAGGUUUUAUUUACGUGAAUUUCAUUAACAAUGAGAUUAAAAGUAACAACACUUUACCUUCUCACUUCAAAGAGGCUAACUGGCCGAACAGGAUAUACAGCAGCUUUACUGAGGCACUUUCAAGAAGUCAUAAUGUAGUGUUCUGCUUCUUACCUUUAAAACUGUUGAUACACAUUCUUGGAUAAUGAAUAGCAACUGUGAUAUACCCUUACAGAGAAUAUACCUUGUAUAACUUGUAAUAAAUUGUUGUAAGGACAGGAUUACACAAUCUUCUGAGAUGAACCAAGGAAUAAAUCUGACAGAAAGCUUUCUUGUUGCUUGGCCACUGAACUGUUUUUGAAUGUAAACAUCCUCAGUAUUUGUCUACACCACUGUAUUAUUGUAGAUGAAAAGACAAUAAAUUUAAACACAAUUUCA